AAUAUUAAUUAGUUUGCAGCUCAAGAGAGGAUUUCACGAGAGGGUUGUACUAGUAGAAGAUAUUGGAGAAUUGAUACAUUAUCCAAUGCAAAAGUCUAUAUAUUCAAACACCGGAGCAAACAGUCGCGCAGCCUCCACGGCUCCACGUGACCUCCCAAACCUAGACCUAGUUGUCCUUCCUGUUCAACCUGCAUAGCGGCGGCGCGUCCUGCCUUCAGAGAGAGAGGGAGAGAGAGCGCUUGAUCUCCGUAGGCAUGGCAUGGGAGGAGGAGGCGGUAGAAGAGGAGGAUUACGGGGAGGAGAUGUCGGCUUCGGAGUCGGAGGAGGACGUCGUGGUGGGGCAGAUGCCGACGGUUAUGGUGCCAAAGCAUAUCAAUAAGCGGUCCCUGAAGAACAAGGCGCUGUCUGUUACCCUCGACAAGAAAGCGCUCAGGGAUUUCGUGACUGGGUUCCACAAGCGGAAGAAAAAGAGAAGAAAGGAGGCGCAGAAGAUUUUGCAGGAGAAGGAGAGGAAGAAGAAAAUACAAGACCGCAAGAGGAGGAAAGAAGAGAAGGAGAUUGCUCUGUAUGGUAGAGUACUGACAUCGGAUAAAAAUGAUGGUGCUGGAUUAGAAAACGAAGAUAUCGGCGAUGAUGAAAUCAAAACCUACGAAGAUGAUGGGACCAGAACUGUAGUCACCACCAGUGAAAUUACUCCUGAAGAAGAUGACAUUGUCCCGAAAACUGUCGGCCCCGUGGCGACGAGCCUCACCAGCAAGAAUCCUAGCUCUUUUGCCAAGAAGAACAGCAGUUUAGGUGUGAAGAGGAAGCCACCGAAGAGAACGUUCAAGAGCAAGGCUAGAGCGAAAAGGGGUGACAAGAAGCGGGGUGCUGCAAAGGGUAAAAGGAAGGGCAAGGGAAUGAAGUAGUGUUUUGUGAACCCUCUGUAGGAAGAAUUAUGCUGUCACUGGCUGUGGACCUGUGGUUAAUCUCGCAUCACCUGAUCUGCAGUUUGUUUGGUAAUAUAUUGAUGAUCAUUUGUUCCGCAAACAAAUUGUUAGGGAACAAAUUUGUGAUAUCGAUGCUCAGUUGUUGGGUUGUGCUACAUGUCUGUUGCCAGUCUUGUUGGUCAAUAUUACGUAGACAGUUUCUGCUCCUUU